UGUACACCGAGGAUCCUCCCCAAAUACCCGUCCAGAGGUCUGCUGCAGGGACCCUGUCAGGAGAGGGAGGCAGACAUGGCUCAAAGUUCAACUUUCCCUGAAGUAGUGGAGCUCAACAUAGGCGGUCAGGUGUAUGUGACCCGCUUUGAGACUCUCACCGCGGUGCCCAAAUCGCUUCUGUGGGCGACGUUCACCCAAAACACUCCGGCGAACCUCCCUAAAGACAGUAAGGGCCGCUUCUUCUUUGACCGGGACGGCUUUUUGUUCCGCUACAUUCUGGAUUACUUACGGGACUCGGAGCUUUUCCUGCCGGAGUUUUUUAAAGAGAGAAAGAGGCUGCAGAGAGAGGCGGACUUCUUUCAGCUACCGGAGCUGUCGAGGCGGCUGGCGGCGGUCAGUAAAGACAGCUCCUCCGCGGAGGACAGCGGGGAGCCGGAGGAGGCUGAACUCACCAGCCCGGUCACCUCCUCCUCCUCAUCUGAAAGACCUCUGCGCUCUCCGGGGGGGAACUCCGGCUAUAUCACCAUCGGGUACAGGGGCACCUACACCAUUGGCAGAGACAUCCAGGCGGACGCCAAAUUCCGCAGGGUUGCCAGGAUAACCGUGUGCGGAAAGAUCUCUUUGGCUAAGGAGGUUUUCGGGGAAACCUUGAAUGAGAGCCGUGACCCGGACAGACCGCCGGACAAAUACACCGCCAGGUAUUACCUGAAGUAUAACUUUCUGGAGCAGGCGUUUGACCGGCUGGCGGAGGCUGGCUUCCACAUGGUGGCCUGCAGCUCCACUGGGACCUGCUCAUACGGCAGCAAUGACCCGUCGGAGGACAAACUGUGGACCAGCUACACGGAGUACGUCUUCUCCCGAUGAGAUGGUCGACCUUUAGACUACCAGCAGCAUUGGGAGGACUAACCAUUUGUUAUAAUUACAGAAAGCUAAUUAACAUUAAUAACAGUUCCAGCUUUGCCUUUAGAGUCAGGUUCUAGUGAUCUACAGAGUAGGGUGCAAGAAACUUCAAACGCCAACAUCUCUGCACUAGAAGAAGGAAAGAUAUCCGUGACCUUUCAGAUAAUAUCACAGAGUUAUUUUUAUGCUCUACUGGCCUCAUGGCCUUUAUGGCUUUUAGAGAGGGGGUUUUGUUCUUCUUCCCAUGGUGGCAGAAAUGUUAGGAGCAACCCUAGCCUUCUCAUUCUUGAUGUUCUGCUCUUGCAUUGUAAUGUCGCUGUGAAGAUGCGUUUGGAGAACAUACUAGGAUGUACACUGUAAAAAGUCUGGGUUUUCACGCAUAACUAACAAGUCAUCGUGUUGUGUGUGGCCUUAUUGACUUUUUCUAUUGCUCGAUGUUGCUUUUAUGACACUUUGGCAUGUUUUUUGUGCUUUGACCUACUGUAAAAGUUAUUUUGUUCAAAACACAGAAAAUAAACUGUGACAUUUAACACUA